AUGUCUUACGCUUCAGUAGCCAGUCACAACAUCCCAUUCGGAGAGAUGCCUCAACCCGAUCAAAACCUCGCUGAAGGUCAUUUCGAAGGUGAAACCGAAGCUUCCAACCACGUUGAUUCCAAGAUCAACGUUCUUCCCGCUGGAUCUGACCCCGAACACCCCGUUAUCGAGCCCGCAUCACCCCCUAAGCCAAUCAGCAUUAACCUUCACCCUGCCGCUGUUCCUGAGCCAUCCACAUCCGAGUCCGCUCCUAAACCCCUUCCUACACCAACCAAGCACAGCGUAGAUCUCCCCGAGAGCGGUGCCGAGUUCGAGAAGAAGGUAGAGGAGAAAGCCGAAAAGGCAGAGAAGAAAGCUGAAAAGGUGGAACAGAAAGCUGAGAAGAAUCUUGAUAAAGCUGAGAAGAAAGCCAAGGAAAUCGGUAAGGAGAUUGAGAAGAAAGGUAACGAGUACAGCAAAAAAGCAAAGGCUGAACUCGAAGAAGUUGAAUCUGCUCUUGGACCAUACUGGGAGAAGACCAAAGAUGUCGUACUUCGACCUGGUACCCUUGGUGGUCUCAUGGGUGUCGUCAACGUCGGUAUCCUUGGUACCGCUGGAUACUUUGCUUACACCCGAAAAGACCAACCAUGGGACAGACGAAUCGUUGGUGGAAUCGUUGCGGGUACCUUGGCUUUGUUCGGUGCUGAAGGUUACGUCGCCGAAUCGUACCUUGAAACCGAAGAAGGCAAACGGGAGGCUGAACGAGCCAAAUCAGAAGGAUCCAAAUUCUACCUCCAAGCCAAAGAAGUUAUUCUCCGACCCCAAGUUGCCGGUGGUCUCGCUGGUGUAGUGAACGUUGCCAUCCUUGGUGCUCUUGGAUACUUCAGUUACCAAAACUGGAACCGACCUUGGGACAGACGAACAGUCUCUAUGAUCUCCGUUGGUUUACUCGGAUUAAGCGGUCUUGAAGGAUACGCUGGUAAAGUAUACGCCGAUAAGGAACUCCCCAAAAGAAAGUAA